CCUGCCUGUUUGGCUCCCUCUCCCUGGAAGGAAUGGAGGCGUAGGAGGGCCGCCAGAGACACACACACCGAAAGGGAGCUGCUAGGGUUCUGCGCCGCCUUCGUCCUCCGUUCGACUGCAGGGUCCUAAACCUCCGGUGCGCCGCGCGGCGGUCAGGCUCCGAUGGGGAAGUCUCCGGCCAAGUGGCUCAAGUCCGUGCUCCUCGGCAAGAAGUCCUCCAAGUCCAAGGCCAAGGAUUUAUCGAAGGCCCCGGGGAGCAGAGGGUAUGUGGCUGCUGGGACGAACCCCGCGUUCUCCGAGAGCUCCCCGGUGAUCUCGGAGCCGGUGCUUGUCACCCCCCACAACAACGAUGCCGUGCCGGAGGUGGCAAAGGGCGAGAGCUCCAGCUUCCGAGGUGAACCGGCGGUGGUGGCGCGUGAGGUGAAUCUGGAAUUGGAGAAGCAGAGCACUGGUGGGUCUGAUGUGCUGUCCAAUGACCUGGAGAGGGUCAAGGAAGAGCAGGCAGCCGUCAAGGCGCAAGCUGCCUUCAGAGGGUACCUGGCACGCCGGGCGUUCCGUGCACUGAAAGGAAUCAUACGGCUUCAGGCGUUGAUCCGUGGCCAUCUUGUAAGGAGGCAAGCUGUUUCGACACUUCGUGCGACAUGGUUGAUUGUCAAGUUCCAAGCUAUCGUUCGUGGUAGAAAUGUCAGACUUUCUAGCGAUGCAGUGCAAUUCAGUUGGAAGCUUGCUGAGCAGAAGUCUCUGGGUGCUAAACCAGAUGCAUGGAAGGACAGAUUGGCUUCAAAUGCGUUUGCUCGUAAGCUUCUGGCUUCACCGAUUCUGGUAGAGGCUCUUCACUUCCAGUAUGAUGAGAGGGAUCCAAAUUCAGCCUUCAACUGGUUAGAGAGAUGGACCAUGAGUCGCAUCUGGAAACCCAUUUACCAAACAAAGAGAACUGCUGUCACUGAUGCCAAGCCGCAGUCAAGGAGGGCCAGCUAUACAAUGGAAACAGAGUCAGGAAAAUUAAAACGGAAUGCUCGGAAGAGUUCUGCAUUGACAGCUGAGCCUCCUCAAACAAACAUGCCGGUGGAAACUGAAAAACCUAGACGGAACCCAAGGAAAUUCACUAGCGCUCCUGCUGAUUCAGUGCCUGAUAGCCAGUUAACUGAACUUGAGAAGGUUAAACGUAGCCUUCGGAAGGUAACAAAUUCCAUGGCUGAAGCCUCAAAGGUAUCAAGUCCUGCAACUGAGACCCUUGACUACCCAGAGGUCCAGUGUGAGAAACCACAACGGGCUGCACAGGAAGUUCCAGUUUAUGCUGAGAUCCAAGAGCAACACAAUGGUGAUCUAUUGGAUAAUGCAAAAAUGGAUAUCAUGGUACCUGAUCUGAAACCUGAAGUGGUAGUUACUUCAUAUCCAGUAACAACUGAAGAAAAAGUUGAUGAGCCGACUCCUGUUGUUGCAGCAGCUGAAAUUAUGCCUCUGCAGGACAUUGAUAAUGAAGAAAAUGCUUUAGUGAACGAUAUGGAACAGAGAUCCAAAGAAGAACCUCUCUCUGUCGAGAGCCUUAAAAAUGGCAUUAGGAGGUCUUCGUUCUCAGCUAAGCCAGAAUACCCAGAGAAUGGCUCCAAAAACUCUCCAGCCGUGCCCAGCUACAUGGCUGCAACAAAAUCUGCAAAGGCGAAACUGCGUGGACAGAUAUCACCCAGACUUAGCGCUGAUUCAGCAGAAAAGACUGUCUACACACGCCGCCAUUCCCUCCCUUCCCCUGCCAAUGGCAAGCAGAACUCGCACUCGCCGCGUACACAAAGGCCAACUCAUCUGAAUUCUGGUAACAAAGAGGGAGUGAAAGCCGACAAGUCUAUGCUGUCAUCAAGAGACGGUACUGAGAGACCGAUGAAGGCCGAGUGGAGACGCUGAAGACAGACGCCAGUCGACCAUCACCGAAAACCAGAUCCUCCAUUCCGUUCGAGCAGCGUGGCGACGUCUGGUUCAGGUGUACGGCGGGUUUCUCCGAUAGUGUUUUGCAUCUGAUGUAAAAAAUGCUGCGACAACGGGACCAGCUGCUUAAUUCGUUGCGGAGUUCGACUUAUUUAUAGGGUUUUGCGACAUGUCCUGCCUCUGCCUCAGCCUUUGCCUAGUGUCUUGUAUAGCUGAAGUUUGUUCAUUGUUCCACCCCCUGGUUUGUUUUGGUUCGUUCACGCCUGCGCCCAGAGAGAGACUCCAUGCUUUGUUAAGUGAGUGAGAGAAUGAGAGAGUUAAGAGAGAUGCUGAUGUUAGUGAGCACUUGGGUUGAACAAUCUUUGCCCCGUUUGGUUGGUUAUCCCUGAUGCGUUUUUUUAGAUGAGCGAUUCAUGACAUAUAAUUUGGUUUA